AUGGCAUCCUCUCAGAAAAUCCGCACGAAGCUCACCGACCUGCUGAAGAUCCAGCACCCCGUGCUGCUCGCCGGCAUGAAUGUAGCAGCGGGUCCGAAGCUCGCUGCCGCCGUGACGAACGCCGGAGGUCUUGGUGUGCUUGGUGGCAUUGGUUACACCCCGGACAUGCUCCGCGAGCAGAUCGCCGAGCUCAAGAGCUUCCUCAACGACAAGAACGCACCGUUCGGUGUUGACCUGCUUCUUCCUCAAGUCGGCGGCAGCGCGCGAAAGACAAACUACGACUACACCAAGGGCAAGCUCAACGAGCUCGUCGACAUAAUAAUCGACAGCGGCGCCAAACUUUUCGUCUGCGCCGUCGGCGUCCCACCCCAAGCUGUCGUCGAGAAACUUCACAAGAACGGCAUCCUCUACAUGAACAUGAUCGGCCAUCCUAAGCACGUACAGAAGUGCCUCGACCUCGGCGUCGACAUCAUCUGUGCCCAGGGUGGCGAGGGUGGUGGACACACCGGCGACGUCCCAACAUCUGUCUUCAUCCCGGCUGUCGUCGAUAUGGUCAAAGGACAUAAGUCGCCCAUGUCCGGCGCCGAGGUCAUGGUCGUCGCCGCAGGUGGUUUGUUCAACGGAAAGUCGCUUGCUGCUAUGCUCACCUUUGGUGCGAGCGGUGUGUGGGUUGGAACGCGGUUCAUUCUCUCUGAAGAGGCCGGUGCACCCAAGGCGCACCAGGAAGCCGUACGCACUUCCGGCUUCGACGACAACGUCCGAACCAUUAUAUUCACAGGUCGACCGCUGCGCGUACGCAACAACUCUUACAUCCAGAAUUGGGAGGAGAACAGGCAGGCGGAGAUCAAGGAGUUGACGGCCAAGGGUGUUAUCCCUGUGGAGCAUGAUCUUGAGAAGCUGGGCGACGAUUUGGACGAUGAUACCAUGGACAACGCGCGGCCGUUCCUGAUGGGUAAGGUCGCUGCGGUCGUCAACGAGAAGAAAACUGCAAGGGAAAUCGUGGAUGAGUUCGUCAAUGACGCGGUCAAGUGGCUGGCGCAGGCGAACUCAUUGGUGGUGUCGAAGGCGAAGCUGUAG